GUACUGUAUCGCUAAACACGCACUUAGAGCUGAUUACACUGAGAGAUUACUUUGUGGAUCCAGACAUCGUGUCAUGUCGAAUUCUCAUGACGACAUAACCGCCGCAUUGGGCAAGACGUCGUCAUUAUGCAAUUUAGGGCUGAAGGCUCUACGCGCGCCGAAUGCUCAGGCCCCGCAAUCAGCCGGAGAGCUUCCACCGCUUACCGUCCUUCGUACGGACUACGUCUCCCUCCUUUCGCUGCUGUACAACCGGGCACUCUCCCUCUCCCUCGCUCUCAAGCCUCCAAUAACCUCUGCAGCGGUGACAAAAGUCCUGUCAGAUGUGAACGACGAUCUGGGUCGAUUUACCAAUUGCACGCUGAGCAUCGACGAUGAGAGACAUGGAUCGGAGAUGAAGAAGCAGAUGCGGUGGGGUGCUGAGGAGGUGCUGGAAGGCGUUCAACGAACGGUGGACUCUGCCCUGCAGGCUGUGAACUCGGGGGCUGUUGAGGAAGGCGACAAGCGCGAUCUGAUACCGGUCGCUGCGCUGCUAUCAGCGAUCGAGAGCCUGAAAUGGAGGCUGCCGAAGGAUAACACGGACGCGAUCCUGCGACGGUGGGAGAUGGACAGUGCUGCGCUGGACGAUGGGGUUAGGGAAACGAGGGAGAUGAUCGAGGAGGGUGAUGAGCGGGCGCAGAAGGCGGGUGGGGAUGCUGACGAACCCGAAGAGGAAGAUGAGGAAGAUGCAGGAGGGUGGGACGAGUUGGGCGAUGGGUUCGGAAAUGAAGUGCUCAGUGGGCAAGAGUUAGAUCGCGUAAAGAAGGUCUUCUCUCUCCUUCGACUAGUCACGCUUCUGCACAAGAGACUGUUCGUUCAUCAUCUCAAGAUCGCGCGAAGCCCCCCCUUGAGCGAGGAACACGUCGUCGCCCUGUUUCGACAUUCCGCUCCUCUGGUCUCGUCAACCGACGAGCUCGCUUCUGCCCUCUACACACCACAAGACGUGCCCGUGAUCCUUUCCCGGAUCAAAGGGGUGCACGAGCAUGUAGAGAAGUACAAGACCGUGUGGAAUGCUUGGGAUGCCGAGUCCGGUCUGGCGGCGCUCAGCGUUGGGGAGAAGCCAGGGAAGGAGGAUGAGGACGCGACGAACAGGAAAUGGUUCGACAUGUGCUUCGUGCAGAUUGACCGAGUUGUCAAGGAUCUAGAGCAUACGCUCGCAUGAGCGCAUGAGCUCAGCGUGACUGCAUCUGUAUUCAUUGUUACGUGCAGCACACGAAUGGUACCAUCUGCACA